AUGGGCUCCAAGUCUUCAGCAACGAAGCAGCCCGCUCUAUCUCAAAUCGCCAGCCUCAUUCGCGAUGGCAAGGCAAAGCGCAUCGCUGUCUUGACUGGCGCCGGCAUCUCGACGUCAGCAGGCAUCCCGGACUUUCGCUCGCCCGGUACCGGUCUAUACGACAACCUGCAGGCUCUGAACCUGCCGUUCCCCGAGGCGGUAUUCAGCUUAGACUACUUUGAGGCGCGCCCCGAGCCGUUCUGGACAUUAGCCCGCGAUCUCUAUCCGGGCAAGUACUUCGUGAGCUACGUGGUCCGGAUCUUAGCUGACGUCCAGCCGACACCGACGCAUUACUUCCUGACACUACUCCACCGAAAGGGUCUGUUGCAGCGUGUCUGGACGCAGAACAUCGACACGCUCGAGACGGCAGCGGGCGUGCCGGAUGACUUGGUCGUGGAGGCGCACGGAUCGUUCCGCGAAGCACACUGCCUGGAUUGCGAGCGACACGCUCCGGUCGAGCAUGUCGUAGCCAGCGGUGUGCGACAGGGCAAGGUCGUGCGCUGCGCACACGACGACUGCGAUGGGCUCGUCAAGCCCGACAUCGUCUUCUUCGGCGAGGGUCUGCCAGACAACUUCUUCAUUCUCCAGCCGGAGCUGCGCAAAGCCGACUUGAUGAUUGUGAUCGGCACGUCACUGCAGGUCAUGCCUUUUGCAGGGCUCGUGGACCUUGCGCACCGCAAGACACCGCGGUUACUGAUCAACCGCGAGGCGGUCGGGCCGUUCGAGUAUCUUCGCAGCAACCAGACGCGAGGGAACGAUUCGCUCUGGCUCGGAGACGCGGACGACGGUGUCAAGGCGCUGGUCGACGAGCUAGGAUGGACGGAAGAGUUUGAGGAGCUCUGCAGGGAAGAGCGGAAGCGGCUAGACAAGGAGUGGGGAGGGCGGGAGGCGGCACUUGCAGAGAAGGUUGAGGCUGAGGAGAAGAAGGAGGAGGAAAAGAUCGACGCCGCGGUGCCAACAGAGGAGGAGGAAGCGACAUCUGAAGCGAAAGCCACCGAGGAGGACGAGGAUGUUCAGAAGCUGUCGGAGCUCAUCGACCAGGUCAAGAUUAACAAGACUGAGAAGCCCGACCCGAAGGCCAAGGUGUAG